GCAAGCAGAAAGAAGCAUUGACCUGGCAAGGUUGAAUCUACAUGGCAAAGUUUUAUUGGAAAUUACACUAAACGUGAGACGUGGUGUUUGUCUAGUGGAUCAGAGCCGUAGUGGUAAAACCCAACACUCACAGACAGAACUACCCCUCAAAUGUCAAAUGCAUGAAAUCAUAGAGAUUCCGCCGUGGACUCUCAACAAAAUCAAUUGCCCUUUACAUCCCCAAUCUGAAAAACCCUAGCCAUAUUCUUCCCCAGUUACUCUUUGGGAAACCCGUGAAGCGGGACCACCAUAGAAUAUUUCGAAGCUGAUUUUGUUUUGGGGAAACCAAGUAAUCUGGUGGAAUAAAAGGAUAAAAUCAUUUAUUGAUAUCAGCUUCGUUUCUGAUUUGUACUGCAACCGUAACAAAAGUCAAGAUGCAGCGUCAAGGUUCAGGGGGCGACUUGCCCCAUAGUGGCGAGUUUAACUCUUUUCCCGUGGGACGAAGGGUGAACUCCUUCCAAGCGAUCACGAUGGAUGAUGAUGUGGAGGGUGGGAAUCUGGGGCCUUAUCAGGAAAAGCCAAGGAUAUUCCCGAACAUGCGUAGUAAACCUUACACACCUCUUAGUUACAUAUUUAAAGACAUGCCUCUAUUGGUCUUAAGUAAUGCUUUCUCAAGCACUUUAAUUUGUGUUUCCUGUCCUCAUUAUGUUCGUACACGGACUCCAAAAUUCUUUACACAGAUCUUCCGCCUAAUUAUGAGAAUAAAUAUUCGUGUUCUUAUGGUGCUCCUGCUUGUUGGAGUCUGCGCUCUGGUUUACAUUGGUGCUAGUACAUCACCAAUUAUUGUGUUUGUAUACUCAGUAUGCGUUAUCAGCUUUCUCGUGUCUAUAUAUCUCACAAAGUGGGUACUCGCUAAGGAUGAGGGGCCUCCUGAGAUGGUGCAGAUAUCAGAUGCUAUACGUGAUGGUGCUGAAGGUUUCUUUAGGAUCCAGUAUGGAACUAUCUCAAAGAUGGCCGUUUUACUUGGACUAGUUAUUCUUAGCAUAUACCUGUUUCGCAGUACAACGCCUCAGCAAGAAUCUUCUGGUCUGGGAAGGGCAACAUCAGCUUAUAUUACUGUUGCUUCUUUUCUUCUUGGGGCUCUAUGUUCUGGUGUUGCUGGCUAUGUAGGGAUGUGGGUUUCAGUACGUGCAAAUGUCCGAGUUUCAAGUGCAGCAAGAAGAUCUGCAAGAGAGGCAUUGCAGAUUGCUGUUCGUGCUGGUGGCUUUUCUGCUUUGGUAGUUGUUGGAAUGGCUGUCAUUGGUAUUGCUAUUCUUUAUGCAACUUUUUACGUCUGGUUGGGGGUCGAUUCACCUGUACCUCUUCUUCUUGUUGGAUAUGGUUUUGGGGCCUCAUUCGUUGCACUUUUUGCCCAGUUGGGCGGUGGGAUAUAUACAAAAGCAGCUGAUGUUGGAGCUGACCUCGUUGGAAAAGUGGAGCAAGGUAUUCCUGAAGACGAUCCACGUAAUCCUGCUGUCAUUGCCGAUUUGGUUGGCGACAAUGUCGGUGACUGUGCUGCGCGAGGUGCUGAUCUGUUUGAAAGUAUUGCUGCAGAAAUUAUUAGUGCAAUGAUUCUAGGUGGAACAAUGGCACAACGGUGUAAGAUUGAAGAUCCAUCGGGUUUCAUUUUGUUUCCUCUUGUUGUCCACUCAUUUGACCUGAUAAUAUCAUCGGUUGGAAUCUUUUCCAUUCGAAAUACUCGGGACUCUGGAAAGAUUGGGGUUAUUGAAGACCCAAUGACAAUACUUCAGAAAGGGUAUUCCGUGACAAUACUUUUAGCUGUUCUGACAUUUGGUGUGUCCACGCGCUGGAUGUUGUAUACUGAACAAGCGCCUUCUGCUUGGUUGAACUUUGCUUUAUGUGGUUUGGUUGGGAUUAUGACGGCGUAUAUCUUUGUGUGGAUAACAAAAUACUACACUGAUUACAAGCACGAGCCAGUUCGCUCGUUAGCACUUUCAAGCUCAACCGGACAUGGGACUAACAUAAUUGCUGGAGUUAGUCUGGGACUCGAGUCGACAGCUCUUCCCGUACUUGUCAUAAGCGUAUCAAUUAUAUCUGCAUAUUGGUUGGGCCAUAGUUCAGGACUAGUUGAUGAGUCUGGAAGUCCAACUGGUGGGUUGUUUGGGACAGCUGUUGCAACAAUGGGGAUGCUCAGCACAGCAGCUUAUGUACUCACAAUGGAUAUGUUUGGCCCAAUUGCUGAUAAUGCGGGUGGAAUUGUUGAAAUGAGUCAACAGCCUGAAAGUGUGCGUGAAAUUACCGACGUUCUUGAUGCGGUCGGUAAUACGACAAAAGCUACUACCAAAGGCUUUGCAAUUGGAUCUGCUGCACUCGCAUCUUUUCUUCUGUUCAGUGCUUACAUGGAUGAAGUAGCUUCCUUUGCCCACGUUGACAUUGCCAUCCCUGAAGUGUUUGUUGGUGGACUAUUGGGAUCUAUGCUUAUAUUUCUGUUCAGUGCAUGGGCUUGUGCUGCUGUUGGUAGAAGUGCUCAAGAGGUAGUUAAUGAAGUGAGAAGACAGUUCAUUGAGAGGCCAGGAAUUAUGGAUUAUAAGGAGAAACCCGAUUAUGGUCGUUGUGUAUCUAUUGUUGCAUCAGCAUCUCUAAGGGAGAUGAUUAAGCCUGGAGCAUUGGCCAUUAUAUCACCUAUAGAGAAUGAUCGUAACACUUUGUUGUGCACCUUUCGAAAUAUUAACAUGGUUGAAGCCAGUUUUCUGUUCCGGGUGCUAGGCUACUAUACAGGUCAUCCUCUGCUUGGGGCCAAAGUUGUGGCUGCCAUGUUGAUGUUUGCUACUGUUUCGGGCAUUCUAAUGGCCCUAUUCCUAAACACUGCUGGAGGUGCCUGGGAUAAUGCUAAGAAGUACAUCGAGACAGGUGCUCUUGGAGGCAAAGGGAGUGAUUGUCACAAAGCAGCUGUUACUGGUGACACUGUGGGCGACCCGUUUAAAGACACAGCAGGUCCAUCCCUUCAUGUUCUCAUCAAAAUGUUGGCUACAAUUACUCUGGUGAUGGCUCCUGUGUUUCUGUGAAUGAUUUAUCGGUCAUCGAAUGGCGCGCCAUUUUUACUCGGACUAACUUGUACUGAAUAUACAAAUGAGUUUUUUUUUUUUGGGAUGUAAUUUAUGGUGUACUUUGCUGUAACUAAAGUUAUUAGUAACAUCCUUUUUUCCCCUUUUCUUUUUUGUUGUUGUUUAGAUUUUCUUUGGGAAGGAGAUUUAAUGUUAGUUUGCUUUGUGACUGAUGCAUAGUUGGCACUGUCUGUCUAUUACCAUUUAAGUUGGGCUGAUUUUGGAGCUUUUUAACUUUUUAUGAGGAAGACCAACAAAUAAAAGGAUGACAAGUAGUGAUGGAUUCUUCUGAGCUCUAUUCCU